CCGCCAACGAUUGAGGUAAUUGAUCUAAAUACGCCCACCUUGGAGCAGCCGGAGCCGCGUCUGUUUGACGAGACGCCAGCGGCGGCGGCGGCGGAGGUGCCGCAGGAUAUGGAGGCAGCGGAUGCAGAAGCGGAAGCAGAAGCGGAAGCGGAACGUUUGCGCACGGAGCUGGAAAUCGAUACGAUUAUCGAUGAGAAGGUGCGCGAAUUGGAGCAACUGGAGUUGGAGCAGCAGAUGGCAGCGCCAGAGCCGCACCAGCUGACGGCCAACGACAAAAUCAACGAGUGGAUGAAGUCCAACGAGCUGCAGGAACAGCCCCACGAGCCAAGUCCAAGUCUAGCUGAAGGCGAAGUGGAACUCGAAGUGGAAGCCGAAGGCGAAGGCGAAGCCGCAGACAGCGAUGCCACCGAGGCAACAGUCGAGACACAGGUGGCCGCCACGGACGAGGACAAGACGCUCAACGAGCUGCUGGAACAGGUGGCCGAGCUGGAUGAGAUCUACACGGACUUUGUGAUGCAGCGCGACACCUACAACAACACGCUGCAGAACGAGCUGCAGAACGAGCUGCAGAGCAUGGACCGACCGCCAAUGCAGGUGGACGACAGCUUCGAUGAUGCGGCCACCUACACCAGCCUGCAGAUCGCCUACAAGCAUCCGGUCGAUAUACCCAUGGAGGAUCUAAUGCCGCCAACGCCGCCCAUGUCCCAGUGUGCGCCAGAAGAUGCGCAGCAUUACGAUGCCGUCGAGGUCAACUCGCAGCAGCUGCAGCAGGAGCAGCUACAACGACAGCAGCAGGAGAGGAUUCAGGAGCAGGAGCAGGCGCAGCUGGAACUGGCGGCUGCCCAGCUGCUUGCCGCCGCCGCGGAGGAGGAGAAAUUGCCGCCGUUGCCGCCGAAGCGUUUGCGCAAGCAGGACAGCAAUGCCGAGAAUCGCUCGAUAGAGGCUAACAACGGGGAUGCGGCGGCGGCGCCGCCGCCGGUGAGAGAGAAGCCACGUGGACUGCCGCCGCCUAUUAUCCAUCCCCGCAUACCCAUUCAGCCGGCGGCGGCGCCAACAAAACGCCUGCCGCAGCCACCGGAGACCAAGUCCAAAAGCAAAUCGAAUCCCAACUUUAAUACGCUGCCGCGGCAAAAGAAGCCCGGCUUCUUCUCGAAGCUGUUCUCGCGCCGCAAGAGCAAACCGGAGCUAAUGCAGCCGAGCAGCGAGAAUUGUUCCAAGGCAACGAGUGCAGCGGCCAGCCUGGAUAAUCUCAAUGUGCGCGAUCCGUUGCGCGCCUCGCAGCGCUCCGCCAAAUCGAAUCUUGCGGUCAGCUCGGGUCCGUUGAAGUCACCUGCAGUGGGCGGGGCGGCGGGGCGAAAGAUCGGCAAGGCCGGGAAGCCCUGCGGACGCAGCGUGAGCAGCGUGUCGGGCAAGCGACCCUCGUACCUGAAUGCGGAUGUGGUGCACAUACCCUUGAAGGGCGACAGCGCCAGCAGCCUGCAGCAGGCGCCCAAUGAGGCCUAUUCGAAUGCCAGCACAAUUACGGUGGGCGGCCAGUUGGACAGACGCACUGCAUCCGCACUGCAGCUGGCCGAGAUACCCAUCAGCGAGGGCGGCAUGGAGCUGGUGGCCAUUGCCGAUCGCCAGAGCCUGCACAAUUUGGUCAGCUCCAUCGAGGCGCACUUCAAUGUCAAAAUGGAUCCCAAUCUCGAUCUCACCGAGGUCGAACACUUUGCGCUCUAUACAAGUGUGCCGCCCCAGGCGACGGCCAGCGAGUUCGACGAGACCUCCGCCUACUAUGCCCAGGUGGAUGCCGGCGAAAUCCUUACACCUGACCAGGUGGCCAAACGCUUGGCGGCGGCAAAUGGCGGCAAUUAAUUUUGAAUUGAACUUGAAAUUGAAUAUUGUAAUUUUUUUGAUCGACCAAAACAAUUUGUUAGGUCAGCUGCGGAGGAUCCUGCAUCCUGGCAGAAUUUUACACUUGGCAGCGGGGAAAUCGACGAGCUCCCCAAAUU